AAUCUGUGACAUUUCCUACCUCGAAACACAUGUGUCUUUUUUUAAAUAGGUUUUUAGUAAAUAAUUUAUUAAUUGAACCAUUAUUCUUUCACUUUAAAUAUGCAGCAUGAUGAUGUUGUUUGGGCUAUCAUCAAUAAAAGACAUUGUUCACAUAAAGUAACUACCAAAACUCAACAUUUCUGUCGAAACGAAUAUAACCUUACUGGUUUAUGCAGUAGAGCUUCUUGUCCCCUUGCAAACAGCAAAUAUGCAACAAUAAAAGAAGAAAAUGGUAUAAUAUAUCUAUAUAUGCGUACUGCUGAAAGAAUAAUGUUUCCAGCAAAACAGUGGGAGAAAGUGAAACUAUCCAGGAAUUUCGAAAAGGCGAUAUAUCAGAUAAAUGAAAAUCUUUUAUAUUGGCCUGCAUUCAUAAAAGCAAAAUGUAAACAAAGAUUUGUCAAAAUUACACAAUACCUUAUUCGCAUGCGUAAACUGAAAUUACGUAGGGUAAAAGAAUUAGUUCCCAUACAACGUAAGAUUGAGAGGCGUGAGAGAAGACGGGAAGAGAAGGCUCUAGUUGCUGCUAGAAUAGACAAUGCAAUUGAGAAACAAUUGUUGGAAAGACUUAAAAAAGGCACUUAUAAUGAUAUUUAUAACUUCCCACAAAUGGCCUUUGAUGCUGCUCUCAAAGCAGAAGAAAUCUCUGGAGAUAGUGAAAGUGAGAAAGAAGACGAAGAGGAGAGAGAAAUGGAGAUAGAGCCAGAAUUAGAACAUGAAUUGGAGAAGGCUGUUGAAGAAACAGAUGAAUUUGUUGAAGCAGAGAGUGAUAUGGAUUCUGAUGAGGAAAGUGAUUCUGGUAAAAGAGAACAUGCUGAUGUUGGAAGUGAUUUUGAAUCGGAAACAUCUGAUAUUGAAGAUAUUGCUGAGAAGAUGGUCACCAAGAUGAAACCACGAAUAGAGAUUGAAUAUGAGACAGAAAAUACUAUAGGCAAUCCUAAAAAAAAAAUAAAAUAAUAAAAUAAUUAACGACCAGACAU